UGGUAACUCUGCUUUCGUCUUUGGGAAGGUUCGCUAGCGGUUGUUCUACCGAGAUCCGCGCUCCCUUCCAGCAGCUGGGGAGAGAAUUUUUGUUUUUUCUCAAAAGCUCUCAGCGUAGUAGCCAGCAGUUUAAAAUAUUUCCAGGCACCUUUUUGAAAGUAAAGAUUCCUUUGUGGGCAUCUUUUAAAUUUUGCUUUUAAAGCCCCUCUUGCUUAAGGACACUUUCGCUUUUUUUAAGGAAGAGUGAAAUCUUCACUUUUUGUAAAAGGGUGCUGCCUGGAUUUGGGAUUUCGUUUUGUUCAAGCUUCCUUCGCCGCCUGCGCCCAAUCAUGGUGAUGUUCAAGAAGAUCAAGUCUUUUGAGGUGGUCUUUAACGACCCCGAAAAGGUGUACGGCAGCGGAGAGAAGGUGGCCGGCCGGGUGGUCGUGGAGGUGUGCGAAGUCGCUCGAGUCAAAGCCGUGAGGAUCCUGGCUUGCGGCGUGGCCAAGGUCCUGUGGCUGCAGGGAUCGCAGCAGUGCAAGCAGAGCCUGGACUACCUGCGCUACGAGGACACCCUCACCCUGGAGGACCAGCCCACAGGUGAGAACGAGAUGGUGAUCAUGAGACCUGGAAACAAGUACGAGUACAAGUUCAGCUUUGAGCUUCCUGAAGGGCCUCUGGGAACAUCCUUCAAAGGAAAAUAUGGGUGUGUAGACUACUGGGUGAAGGCUUUUCUUGAUCGCCCCAGCCAGCCGACUCAAGAGACAAAGAAACACUUUGAAGUGAUGGAUCUCGUGGAUAUCAAUUCCCCAGAUUUAAUGGCACCAGUGUCUGCUAAAAAGGAGAAGAAAGUCUCUUGCAUGUUCAUUCCUGAUGGGCGUGUGUCUGUCUCCGCUCGAAUUGACCGAAAAGGAUUCUGUGAAGGUGAUGAUAUUUCCAUCCACGCUGACUUUGAGAACACAUGUUCCCGCAUUGUGGUCCCCAAAGCUGCCAUCGUGGCCCGCCACACCUACCUUGCCAAUGGCCAGACCAAGGUGCUUACUCAGAAGUUGUCAUCAGUGAGAGGCAAUCAUAUUAUCUCAGGAACAUGUUCCUCCUGGCGAGGCAAGAGCCUUCGGGUUCAGAAGAUCAGACCAUCUAUUCUGGGCUGCAACAUUCUCCGUGUUGAAUAUUCCUUGCUGAUCUAUGUGAGCGUCCCUGGCUCCAAGAAAGUCAUCCUUGACCUGCCCCUGGUGAUUGGCAGCAGGUCGGGUCUGAGCAGCCGGACAUCCAGCAUGGCCAGCCGAGCUAGCUCUGAAAUGAGCUGGAUAGAUCUAAACAUCCCCGAUACCCCAGAAGCCCCUCCUUGUUAUAUGGACAUAAUUCCCGAAGACCACCGAUUGGAGAGCCCCACCACUCCACUGCUGGAUGACACCGAUGGGUCCCAGGAUAGCCCUAUCUUCAUGUAUGCUCCCGAGUUCAAGUUCAUGCCACCACCCACAUACACUGAGGUGGAUCCUUGCAUCCUCAAUAACAAUGUGCAGUGAGCGUGUGGAAGAAAAGCAGCUGUACCUACUUGUUUCUUUCCACCUCUCUUUUGGACACUCACUUUUUCAGAGACUCCAUAGUCUCUGCAGUGGGAUAUGGAUCCUCCAGCCUCAGACUCCCCAGUGCGCAGGCGUUGACCAGCAUGCGAUUUUCGGGUUCCAGAUGGCGUGGACUCGUCCUCAGCGCCAGUGUUGGGAUAUAGGAGUGUUUGCUGGAUGGGUUUAAAAACACACUAGAAAAAUUCAGGCCCAUUCCAUUUUCUCAGAUCUCCCUGAAAAUUGAGGCAUUUUCACUAUUUUGAUCAGGGUUAGUAAUGGCUACCCAACCUGGUCCUCCCAAAGUUUUUCUGAAGGGAAUUACAGGCUGUUAGAGUAACAUCAAACUCCAGACUUGUGCCAUAUGAGUCAGCUUAGAAGAGGUUUUUAAAAUCAGUGUUUCCCUUUGCUUUGUACACGUAGAGAAAAAAGAAAAGAAAAAAAAUGCUCCAGGGAUGAUUUGGGUUUGAACUCUAGAGAGUACUGCUCCUGUGAGUUCUGGGGAAGCUCCUCUGAUGUGUCUUUGCUUAAAUACAAUUUAACCUGGUGUAAAGCAGUAGCAACUACGUACCACCAAAGGUCUUAAAAGCCAUUUUUAGAGUUAUUGCACUGUGUUCUCCUGUUGCAAACUUAUGUACAUGGGAGAAUCUGGUUUUUUUCAUGUGACUCCUUGGAAUUGAUUCUGAGGUGAUGCUCUCGGCACUUUAGUUCCUAUCAUUUUUUUUUUUUUUGCCUUUAAAUUUCUGUUUUUCCUUCCCAUCUCAAAUGUAAGCUACUAGUCUCUAGGGGGAAGCAUAAUGGCACAGAUGUGUUAGUAUUACUUUUGAGACUUCGUCCCAGUGUGCAGAGGGACUUUGGAACAAAU